AUGACUGAAGCUGCGAAGAACAUCGGCAAGAAUGCGCCAACAAACCCUCGAGGUAUACCAUUCGCACCCUUCGUGGACAGAGUAGAGGACUAUGUCAACUCCAGAGAUGAUGUCGAGAGCUGUCUCCGAAGCUUCCAGGAGAUGAUUUCCAAAUAUCAGUUCAUGGAGUCCAAUACCCAAAAACGUGCUCUCGGCCUGAACGACAAGUUACCGGAUAUUUCGAAGACCCUUGACACUGUCCGCUUUCUCAAGUCGCGGAAGGAGGAUGGCGAACCCCUCGAAUCGUUCUUCGAGCUGAACGACACACUCUAUGCGAAAGCCGAAGUACCUCGGACAGAGGAGGUCUACUUAUGGCUCGGUGCCAACAUAAUGCUCUCCUAUCCUCUGACCGAGGCGGAGACAUUACUGCAGUCCAAAUACGAGGCUGCCAAGUCUUCCUUAGCAAACUGUGAAGAGGACCUCGACUUCCUGCGCGAGCAGAUUACUACUAUGGAGGUGGCCACAGCACGAGUUUACAACUGGGAUGUGAAUGAGCGAAGAAAGGAGAAGUCGAAAGGUGAUGGCGCUGCGAAUGGCGGCAGCAAGAACGGGCCAGAUGGCUAA